CAUCACAUCACCAUGCUCCGUCUUCGGCGAAGCCUGCGCUUGAGCCGCACGCUGCGAGCAUAUUCGACAGCUCCCAGCGCGCCACUCAAGGUGGCUGUUAUUGGAGCUGGCCCGUCUGGGUUCUACGCAGCGAGCCGCAUUCUCCAGCUCCUCCCGGCAUCGAGUGACCCGGGCUCGCGCGUCCAGGUGGACAUGUACGAGCGCCUGCCGACGCCGUAUGGGCUAGUGCGCUAUGGGGUGGCUCCUGACCAUCCCGAGGUGAAGAACUGCCAGCACAAGUUUGACGAGCUGGCCUCGGAUGCGCGCUUCAACUUCUUCGGCAACGUGUCGGUCGGCACGCCGCCUCCGAGCGAGUCGCGCGACCGCCUCUCGUCGUACAGCUACCCGCACGCGCUGCAUCUGCCGCUCUCGGACGUGGCAGCGCACUACAACGCCCUGAUCUUCAGCUACGGCGCCUCGCUCUCGAACCCCCUGGCCUCCGUAUCCGGCUCCAGCUCCUCCGACACCCCCUUGGCGAACGUGUACCCCGCACUCGCCUUUGUGGGGUGGUACAACGGCCAUCCCGCGUUCGCGGACUUGAACCCCGACCUCUCGGCGAUCCGUGACGUCGACGUGGUGGGGCAAGGCAACGUCGCGCUCGACGUCGCCCGCAUCCUCCUCUCCCCGCUCUCUGCCCUCGAGAAGUCUGACUUGCCGCAGAACGUCCUUGACACACUGGCCAAAAGCACGGUGGAGCGUGUGCGCGCCGUCGGCCGCCGCGGUCCGGCACAGGUCGCAUUCACGACGAAAGAGCUGCGCGAGAUGGUCAAGCUCGGCGUGAACUUCCCUGGCGUGGACGCGGGCCUUAUGGCACAAGCGAAGGCGAUGGCGCAGGGCGACCGCGCACGCACGCGCAUGCUCGGGCUGAUGGAGAAGCCGGUCGUGGGCGGGAGCAAGACGUUCGAGCUCGCGUUCUUGCGCUCGCCCACCGCGUUCCUUCCCGACGCGGCGGGGCGGGUCGCCGGCGUCGAGUGGGCGAUCAACGAGCUCGUCGAAGGCGAACGGGGAGUGGUCGCGCGCGCGACGGACGCGCGCGAAAUGAGCGUCGCGCAGAUGGUCGUCGAGAGCGUAGGGUACCGCUCCGAGCCGAUUGAUGGGGCAAGUACGAUCGCGCCGUUCGACACGGCGCGCGGGCGGCUGCGCAACGACGCCGGCCGCGUGCUCGACGACACGGGGCACGUGAACGGCGCGUAUGCCGCCGGGUGGGUUGCGCGCGGCCCCGUCGGCGUCAUCGCGACCACGAUGCAGGACGCGUAUCUCCUCGUCGACAGGCUUCUUGAGGACUAUGGGGAGGGGUGGGCUGACCGGCCUGCGGACUCUCCGAUCCCCGUCACGCCGCAGGCGGGCGUGCCGGACGCGAUUGAGCGCGGGCUCAAGGACGGCACGGUGGUGGAUAUCCCCCGCUGGCUGAAGAUCGAUGCGGCGGAGAGGGAGCGGGGCAAGAAGACGGGGCGGGAGGAACGGGAAAAGUUCCGUACCGUGGCGGAGAUGCUUGAGGUGUUGGGAUAGAUGCAACCGAGGUCUGAUAGGGCGGCACCGCCGCAGCGUCGUCUGCGAGUAUGGCGCGAUGGCAUCUUGAUUUCAGGCGUCGAGGAUGUUAAGGGGCACACAGACU